AUGUCGGACAAAGGGGAACCACCCCCGACUCGCCGUAAACCACCAGAUAGGCGACCGAGCGUGCUAGAUAGGCCUCUCAUGGAGCGUGACCUCUUAGCUCCAGACAAGUCACGAGUACUGCCCGCAUACAGCCAAAUCCCGAGGCGUAAAGGGAGCCCACCGGCCACUGGUGUCGCGCUCGGCGCUAGUGGAGCUGAGCCUCCACCCAUCGCCAAACCGGCACCACUACCACGCCGGAACAUCGCCUCGCGAAGAUGUACUCCCCCAGAACUGGAAGAGGAAGAUCUGCAGGAGGAGAAAAGGCUGAAGGCCGGCUCGGAUUCGGUAUCCGAGUCGGCAUCAGCCUCAACCUCUGCCUCCACCUCGAAAGACACACCCACUCCACCGCGGAAACAGCCGGUGACGAGGCAUAACUCGCCACCUGAGUCACCAUAUCCCACUACCUCCCCGACCUGCAUGCAAUCUGAGAUGCAGGACUUCGGGGAGCAGUACCCAGAAGGGGAGAAACCCUCUGAUAGCACAUCUUAA